CCGCCCCUAUGACCCCGCCCACGGCCCCGCCUGGCAGCGAGCUCAGCGCUCGGUUCUCUCAGUGCCAUCCCGGAGCCGUGUCCACCGGCGACGCUCUGAGGUCACCGACGGGGCCGAACAGCAGGGGGCGGAGGGACGGAGGGAAGAUGGCGGCGGAGGCCGGAUAUUGGCGCCGCCUCCCCCAAUCCGGGAGCCGGCGCAGAUGAGGCGGCUCGGCUGGGGCCAGCGGCGCUGCGGAACAGGAGCUGGGGGGACCCUGGCGGUGGGGCCUGGCCCUGCUGUAUGCCGGCGCCACAGCUAGAGUGAGCGGCGGCGGCGGCGGUGACGGCGACGCCUCUAUUCUCUGGCUCUUUUCCUGUAUCUGUGAGUCCAAGCGGGCGGCGGAGGUAGCGUGGCCAGGAUGGAGGAUGUUAACUCCAACGUGAACGCGGACCAGGAGGUGCGGAAGCUGCAGGAACUGGUGAAGAAGCUGGAGAAGCAGAAUGAACAGUUGAGGAGCCGCUCUGGGGCCGUGCAGAGCGCCGGCCCCCUCGGGCCUGGCAGCCCGGUUCGGGCCGGCGCGUCCACUCCCUCCUCCGGCACGGCGUCCCCUCGGGGCUUCCCCUUGGGCCUCAACGCCAAGUCCGGCUGCGGGGCCGGCUCGGGCCCGAGACGGACGAGUAGCGAGGAGCUGCGGGACGCCACCUCCUUGCUGGCGGCGGGCGAGGGCGGCUUGCUGGACGAGGUGGAGCCGCUGCGGCCCGAGGAGCUGGAGCGCUUGUCAGGCUGGGAGGAGGAGGAGGAGAGCUGGCUUUAUUCAUCACCAAAGAAAAAACUUACACCAAUGCAGAAAUCGGUUAGUCCAUUAGUUUGGUGCAGGCAAGUUUUGGAUUACCCAAGUCCUGAUGUUGAAUGUGCUAAAAAGUCUCUUAUCCACAAACUUGAUCAAACUAUGUCAGCUCUCAAGAGGCAGAAUUUAUAUAAUAAUCCUUUCAACUCUGUGAGUUACACAAGCCCUUACAGUCCAAAUGCAAGUAGCCCAUAUAGCAGUGGUUUUAAUUCUCCAUCCUCAACCCCAGUGCGACCUCCUAUAGUCAAACAACUUAUACUUCCUGGAAAUUCAGGUAACUUGAAAAGUUCAUCAGACAGAAAUCCUCCACUCAGUCCUCAAUCCUCUAUAGACAGUGAGUUAAGUGCUUCAGAAUUAGAUGAAGAUUCAAUUGGAUCCAAUUAUAAGCUAAAUGAUGUAACCGAUGUGCAGAUUCUAGCUCGGAUGCAGGAAGAGAGUCUCCGGCAAGAAUACGCAGCUACCACAUCUCGGCGCAGUUCUGGUUCGUCUUGCACUUCUACACGACGGGGUACUUUUAGUGAUCAGGAACUUGAUGCACAAAGUUUAGAUGAGGAAGAUGACAGUAUGCAUCAUGCAGUAUACCCUGCUGUUAACAGGUUUUCACCAUCACCACGCAAUUCACCUCGACCAUCACCUAAGCAGUCACCUAGAAAUUCACCUCGUUCUCGAUCUCCUGCUCGGGGAAUGGAAUAUAGUCGAGUGUCCCCACAGCCUAUGAUUAGCCGCUUACAGCAGCCUCGCCUUUCACUUCAAGGCCAUCCUGCAGAUUUACAGACAAGCAAUGUUAAAAAUGAAGAAAAACUAAGACGCAGUCUUCCAAACCUGUCCCGAACAUCUAAUACACAAGUUGACUCAGUGAAAAGUAGUAGAAGUGACUCAAAUUUUCAAGUGCCAAAUGGAGGAAUACCUCGCAUGCAACCUCAGGCUUCAGCCAUACCCUCUCCAGGCAAAUUCCGCUCCCCUGCAGCACCAUCUCCUUUGGCUCUCCGGCAACCAGUGAAAGCAUUUAGUAACCAUGGCUCUGGCUCUUCUGGUAGCCAAGAUAUAACACAGCUCACACAAACCACCUCCUCACCUGGGCCUUCCGUGGUUCAGAGCACAGUCCCAGCAAAUCCUCCCAGCAGUAUCAACAGUGCUACUCUAACCAGACCUGCAGGGACAACGGUAAUGAGGAGUGGCUUGCCCAGACCCAGUGCCCCUUCUGCUGGGGGUAUACCAGUGCCUCGCAGCAAACUUGCACAGCCUGUUCGCAGAUCCUUGCCAGCUCCUAAAACCUAUGGUAACAUGAAAGAUGACAGUUGGAAAGAUGGCUGCUAUUGACUGCAAAGAUAAGAAUGCAGACGUCCACGGCUUCAUGGACACCAGUUCACCAGGCUAAACAACAACUUUGAUAUGCAGACUGUUCAGAUAAGACUCCUGGGGUUUAUAAAAUCCCAACCCUCUCUGUCUUAAUUAGCACAAACUGACAGAGAUGAUCAAGCAGCACUUUAAUGACAUUUAACAUCAAAUGCGUUUGGUAAUCAUACAAUCACUUUCCAUGGAAUCAUUUUUAGUUUUGUUCAAUAGAAACCAAGUUGAUUUUUUAAUAUUUGACAGAGGCCAAUAUCUGGGCAGAAACCUAAUGGAUGCCAAAGAGAAAUGCCCGUUUAUGAAUGAAAGAGUACCUUUGUGCACAAGAAAAUGGUAAAUUCAGGCUAUCCAAAACCUCACGGUCAACUUAAUUUACUGUAUAAAUUGUACCAAUAAAUAUUUGUGUUAAUGAGAAC